AUGAUUUCGUGCCUGCCGGGUUUCUUCUGGCCGCCCCAGCCGCGCGGCGGCGUGACGGAGCUGGAGACGACGACGUCGGCGUGCGCCACGGAGGCCGUGCGGCGCAAGCACGUCUUCGAGGUCCGGGGGUACAGUAGCCUGCUCAGCCGCGUCGGCGUCGGCAGCUUCGUCCGCUCCGCCACCUUCGAGGUCGGGGGCUACGACUGGGCCGUCCGCUACUGCCCCAAGGGCACCGACGCCGCCGCCGCGCCGGGCUACGCGUCCGCCUUCGCCGUGCUCCUGACCCCGGGCGCCGAGGCGCGGGCGUCGUGCGACCUGACCCUCGUCUGCCGCCGCCUCGGCGUGCCGAACCUGGUGUCCCGGACGGCGCCCGCCCUCUUCCGCCACGGCGGCGGCGGGAGCCACCUCGCCCCGGCCCAGGGCUCCCGCACCUUCGUCGACAGGAGCAAGCUGGAGGCGCCGGCGUCGGCGUACGUCCGCGACGACAGCCUCCGGAUAGAGUGCGUGGUCACCGUCUUCAAGUUCAAGAAAGCUAGCCCGCCGUCAUUCCCGGCGCCAGCGCCGGCCCGCGUCGAGGCGCCGACUCCAAGCCUUCCACGGGGUCUCGAGCACCUGCUCGAGACGAAGGAGGGAGCCGACGUAACGCACGCCAUCGUUCUCGCGACGCGCUCGCCGGUCUUCAAGGCGGAGCUGUACGGCCCCAUGAAGGAACAAGACACGGGGCGCCGGCACAUAGCCAUCGAAGACAUGCAGCCCGAUGUGUUCAGAGCGCUGCUUCACUUCGUCUACACCGACACGAUGCUCCCUGGCGCCAUGGACGACGGCCUCAGCAGCGACGAUGGGAACAGGGAAUUCACGAAGCACUUGCUCGUGGCGGCGGAUCGGUACGAUGUGCGAGGCCUCAAGUUCGUGUGCGAGAGGAGACUUUGCAGGGGCCUUACCAUCGCGACCGUGGCGUCCAUGUUCGCCUUGGCUGACCGGCACAACUGCAGCGAGUUGCAGGAUGCCAGCUUGGAGUUCAUCACUGGCUCAGAUACGUUGGCUGAUGUCGUGGAGAGCGAAUGGUACCAUCACCUCAGAUCGCUGUCCCCUGAUGUCAUGAUCGAUCUUUUGAGAAGGCAACUAAGUCCCACAAAACUUACAGUGCAUAACUGUUAUUGGAUUGUGAAUAAUAUACUUAGUUUAUUUUUAAAGUAA